AUGCUGGGUAUCACGGUUCUUGCUGCGCUCCUGGCCCAUGCCUCCAGCUGCGGUGUCCCCAGCAUCGCACCCAACCUGUCGGCCAGGGUGGUGGGAGGGGAGAACGCCGUGCCCCACAGCUGGCCCUGGCAGAUCUCUCUCCAGUACCUCAGGGAUGACACCUGGAGACACACGUGCGGGGGCACCUUGAUCGCCAGCAACUUUGUCCUCACAGCUGCUCACUGCAUCAGCAACACCCUGACCUACCGCGUGGCCCUGGGGAAGAACGAUCUGACGGUGGAGGACGAGGCGGGCUCCGUGUUCGUGGGCGUGGACACCAUCUACGUCCACGAGAAGUGGAACUCCUUCCUGGUGCGCAACGACAUUGCCCUCAUCAAACUGGCGGAGCCCGUGGAGCUGAGUGACACCAUCCAGGUGGCCUGCCUGCCAGAGGAGGGCUCUGUGCUGUCUCAGGACUACCCCUGCUUUGUCACCGGCUGGGGUCUCCUCUGGACCAAUGGCCCCAUUGCUGACCAGCUGCAGCAGGGCCUGCAGCCCGUGGUCAGCCACGCCACGUGCUCCAGAUGGGACUGGUGGAGCUACCUGGUGACGAGAAACAUGGUCUGCGCCGGGGGCGACGGCGUCACCUCCGCCUGCAACGGGGACUCGGGCGGCCCGCUGAACUGCCAGGCGGAGAACGGCGCCUGGGAGGUGCACGGCAUCGUCAGCUUCGGCUCCGGCCAGAGCUGCAACACGCGCAAGAAGCCCACCGUCUUCACCCGCGUGUCCGCCUACAUCGACUGGAUCCACCAGGUGCGCCCCGCCCCCGGCCCCGGGCUCGGCCACGCCCACUCCCCGCCCCGCACUCUCAUUGGAGACGCGCGGGCUGCGCGCGACCGCGCUGACCUUGAGUUGGGCUCUGUGAAGGACAGUCCUGAACUCCGUCCACCCACCCUGGCUUCAGCGCACACUUAG